AAAAAACUUAGCUUGCAAGUGUAAUGCACAUGCUAUAUUACAGAAGUUAACAUAUUCAAACAGCAAAUAAUGCAUUUUUCAAAAAUGCUUAAUUGUUAGGUGCUUCAUGAUAUUCACAUUUCCAAAUUUAUUCAUUUAUGACUCUAUUAUCAAGUACAGAGGAUCUGCCAACCAAUACAUAAUCACAGUCAAAAUUACCUACAAUCAAAGUUUUAACACAGAGAUUUUACAUCUAUAUGCAUCAACAUUAAAUUUUCUACUGAAAUAUGAAAUAUGCUGGUCUUUCCCUUUUAUGCGUGACAUGCCUGUCAUUCUGCAAAAAUAUGGUGUGUAUGAUAUUGUAUAUAAGACCUGUAAGUUGUAUGUCCUGCAUUUCCAUUUUUCAGUAGAUGGUGUUACUGCCUGCUCACAGAUGUUCUGGAAUGCCUAUCCACAUUCAUCCAGAUACAGUUGACAGAAAAGAGAGUGAGAAUGCAGGAAGUAGUUGCAGCUUCUAGAGAAACUGCUAGAGAAGAGGAAAAUAGAAGACAGAAAUCAGAAUAUUGGGAAAAUCAGUCUAUGUUUGAAGGAGAAGCAAAAAAAGAAAAUUAUGAUAAAUUAAAUUAUCAUUUUGAUGAUAAUGGAGAUCAUCAUUCAAAUUCUUCAGUUUCUCUUAUUGAACGAAAUAGUCCAUCUAAGGAACGUCAUGAAUCUUUACAACUUUCUAAAAGUCAAACAGCUUCUUCAUUGUCUGAUUUGGAUGAAGAUACUCAACCACUUUGUUCACAAGAAUUAUUUCAUACACCUUUUCACGAUGAAAUUGAUACACUUUAUUCUCUUCAGAAUAAAGAAAAUCAGAAAAUAGUUCCUGAAAAUCCUAUGAGUAAUGAGGGUGAUUAUUCAAAUUCCUGUUUUCCUACAAUACAUCAUAUCAAAGGCACAAGUAACAAAGUAUUAGAUGAUACACAGUGUACUAGUUGUCAAGCUUCUGUUCAGAAUUCAACACAGGAGCAGUUACAUGUCUGGCCAUCUCCUGAUUCUCCAGUGUCUGUGUCAUUAGUUUGUCCAAGAUUCUUGCCUCAUAUGGUUGAAAAAGUGCCUUUCUUUUGUCCAAAUGGAAUGGAUCCAAAAGAUUACACAUCUAGAAUUGUGCAAUCCAUUAACCAGUAUCAUACACAACUUUGUAAAUAUCAAAGAAAUUCUUUAAACCGUUGUAAUUGGGCUGAUCCGGUAGUUGUCGGAAGACAUCAUCCGAAUUCGUUAGAUGUAGCUCAAAGACGAGUGCCUAUUAAGCAUGAAAAUGAUAAUGACAAUACCUUAAUGAUGAGAAAAAUGGUAGCUGAACAUUGUAUUGAAACAACAAUUGAUGACGAUUCAUAUAGUUUGCCAGAUCUUGAAGAUUGGACUUCAGAAAGUGCCCCUACAGUUCAAACAAACACUAAAGAAAGGCUAUAUUGCCAGAAACACAUUUCUCUUUCGGCCUGUGCUGAUCGUAAUGCUAAAGAUUUUGAUCUUUCAAAUCAUUGUUUAAAUUCACCUAAACAAAAUUUUGCAUCUAAAAGUGUGGUCAAAAAUGCACUGUUACAUAUUAUUGAAAAUGAAGAUUAUUCCAUCCCUGCAAAUAAAGAGACUGAAGAUUGUAUAAUGGAAUGUGAAAAUAGUAACAGUCAUUCAGUUAGUUUAGUUAUGUGUGAUAAGAAAGUAUCAACAGAAGACCAUAUGCCUAUUUCUCACAAUAAACAGUUAGACUGUACUUUAAUUAAAACAGAUUUAACAUCACUUGUCCUGACAGAAACAAUUUUAUCUACUCAAACUGAAAAUAUAAGAAUAAGUGAUUCUAAUGCAAAGAAAACUGAACAAAUCAUUGAGAAAAAAGGAGAUGAAGAAGUAAAAGUAAAUCAUGUAUUAUGCUCAAGCCUGAAAGAUAAUUCUGAAAGCAUUCAAGGUCCAAAAAUUAGUGAAUCAAAUAUUCAAAUAGAAUGUUUGCCAUCCAAAAGAGAUAAAAAAGCUUACACGAGAGGAAAUCAGCAAAAAGUUAGAACAGGAAAAACAAUUAGAGACGAAAGACAGAGAAAAAGAAAAUUUGAUGAAUUAAACCUCAUACAAGAAUCUGUGAGAUGUCAAACCAAUGAUACUUUUUCACCAGUAAAAAGGUAAUUUGUUAUAAUUAUUAAUCCUUUGUAAAACAAGAUUUAGUAAAUAAAUUUUUCAUAUCUUAUAUUUUUAAUAGAAUAUAAAAUCAAACAAACAAUUUUGGGUACAAGUUUUACUACACAACACAAAGUACACACUUGUAUUAGCUUCUAGGAUUAGUUUGACAAAUAUUGGGUUGUUCAGAAAGUAAUUUUG